GUCAUUUUCUAUACAACGACUCUACUGUUUCGAUGGUCCGGAUUUACCACGCGUUAUAUGGUUCUGUCAUUUGGAAGUUUAUCAGCCUGCUUGGGUGCCUAUAAAUUCAUGUCCUACAUGGCCACUCCAACGUUCGGUGUGAAUGAUCGAGGAGUGGAACAAGUUCAAGAUGCCGGUUUAGAUCUCAAUAUUGGCUCCGGUGGAUUGGGCGAGUAA